ACAUCCUGUGACCAAUAUGGCGGAAUUUAUAUAAGGAAAUUUUAUAAUAAUUUCAUCUUCCUUGUAAUUUUGAAAAAAAAUAAAUUACAUAACAUCGAGAAGCAAACGGCCUACAGUGCGCCAUGUUAACAAGACUAAAACAAGUUGCAGAAGACUUGGCUUGUCGGGUAAAUAAAAAGGUAUUCGCAUUUGAUAAUCAGCCUGACUGGAGCCAGCUGCCGUACGAAAUUCUUCUGAAAGUCUUCAGUUACCUGAGCAACAGCGACAAGUACCACGCCGCCCUCACCUGCAAGUCUUGGCUCCGUCCACUUUCAGUGCCGUCCGUUAGACAUGUAAACGUGUUUGAUAAUCAGCCUGACUGGAGCCAGCUGCCGUACGACAUUCUGCUGCACGUCUUCCGUUACCUGAGCAACAGCGACAAGUACCAUGCCGCUCUCACCUGCAAGUACUGGCUCCGUCCACUCUCAGAGCCGUCCAGGUGGCAGUCCGGAGAUUUUGUGUUUGACAACAAGAGCGACGAGAAAGCAAUCAUUUUUGUGAACAUGACGGGAAAAACGUUACGUCACAUCAACGUAAAAUGUAUAGCGAGCAAUAAGCAUUCUUGUGGAGAUGAGGGCCGCGCAUCCUGUACAGCAAAGAUGUACCAAUUUUUGGCCAACUUAUUGAAUUCUCAAAACCAUCACAUUUUGACCUUCAAGCUAACCAAUAUCUGCAGUUUGGAAAUCGGUGGCAUAAGCGCUAAGUCAAGGUCAUUUUCAGAGGUGGCACAACUCUUGACCCAAGUUUUGUACGACCAGCAGCAGCUUCGUGUCCUUGACCUCAGCAACAGCCAAAAGUCUAUCAAACACCGUGGCUAUGCUUGUUUUACCGUAAAUGAAGGUCUGGAACUGUUAAAUUCUGCUAGUAAAAACUGUGCCAACACGCUUCAGAAACUAGCUAUCUCCAGACUCGUUAGCUUGGAUGCUAUCUACAAGAAUGACUUGAGCUAUCUUCCACAAUUUCGAAGCGCCAUCGCAGGUUUCAGCAAGUUGUCAGAGCUGGACAUCAACUUUUGUUAUAUGGAAGAUGACCUGCUGCUCAGCUUAGCCAUGUCAACAACCACCCUCAAAGUAAUCAAAGUUCGAGCUGACAAAAUCCCAGAGUUGGAAAGUCGAAUUACCCCUCUAGCAUGGGAGAAGCUUACAGCGGCAUGUCCUGAGCUCCGAGUCCUAUUUUACAUCAAACCCAUAUCUAAACUCACAUUCAUGGAGUCGUUCUUCCAAGACGUCACAACGAUUCUCAAACCAUCCAUGCCGCUCUAUCAAGUCAAGUGGAAAUCUGGCAGUGUCACCGCUGUAGAGAACAUAAAGAAGUUCUUUCAACAUAUGGGACAAAACUUUCAGAAAACUUUACAUCAUCUGAAGUUCCGUACUCGUGUCCCCAUAGACAUGGAAUGCUUUGAAGUGUUGUUCAAGAGUAUACAGCCGUGCACAAAGCUGGACAGCCUCACACUAGGCUUGACCUCUUGUGUGAUUGAUGACGUGGAGAUGUACAAGCUGGCCAUCAGAGAUGUCGUGACGAGAUGUGCAUUGUCUUGUGACCUCACACUGAACGUCCAAGUCAGUCCACAGUAUACAGCCGUGCAAAAAGCUGGACAGCUUCUCGCUAGGCUUGACCUCUUGUGUGAUUGAUGACGUGGAGAUGUACAAGCUGGCCAUCAGAGAUGUCGUGACGCGAUGUCCAUUGUCAUGUGACCUCACACUGAACGUCUAAGUCAAAUAAAAGGGGUCAGUUUGACACGGUUGUUGGUAUCAGGAGAGUUCGCCAUGUUGGAUCAGUUCACGAAUUAUUUUUUUUAUUUGCAGUAAAAAAGUG